AACGGCUAAAACGAUUAGUCAAAUUGCAGUGGAUAAAGAAAUUCAUGCUGAUCAAGGAGCAUCCGACAUGAGGGAAGGUGACGACCCUAAUAUAAAGGAUCAAAAGAGUGAAAAGGGUAAAAGCGUAACAGUCCAUGGUAAAUAUACCGAAACUGAAUGUGAAGCAGAGUCUCAUCAGAAAGACUCUUCUUUCGACUCGGUAUCACCAACUCCCUCUCCACCCAACGGCUACCAGUCGUCAAGUCGAAUAGCUCAAUUACAUGAUGGUGAUGAUCAACUCGACUUGGAAAUUAGCCUCUAUGACAAUGAUUCGGGUUCACCAAACAAUGCAUCGCCUACAGGCGCCGGAAAGUUUUCUCUUCUGAAAGGACGUCGAGAAAAGCCGGAAAAGGCAGCGUCAUAUGCACAUUUGUUGGUGCCUGGUAAUGGACUAGAUUCCGAUGAGUAUAAUCCAGUACUGCUCGAUGAUCCCACGCUGAAAAUGGGACGACGACGUCGUAUGAUCAGUCUCCUUCCCUUUAUGGGAUCAAAUACUCAAUACACUCGAUCGUCGGAGCAGAAACGCGAAGCAAACGAGAAAUUUCGUAAACGACAUCCUUAUUUGGAUCCAACGAUGUCUUUAA